UCCAACCUAACCCGCCACAAAUGGACUCCCCCAUACCGGAAGUAAGAAUGUUUACAAACUGUCAAUGCCGCGUGCCGUCGCUUAUGAAAUGAACAUUUCACUAUUGAAUAUAAGGUUAUAAAACGAGUUGAUGGUGAUAGAUUUACUACUUCAGGCAAAGUUACACCACUUGAGGCAAAAUAAAACUAGCUUUUCCUGUAAAGAUCGGCUGGUACUGUUCGCAUGUUUGCUGUCGUUGCACGUGUUGGGAAACGUGAUUUUGGAGGGCUGUUAAAAUUACAUAUAGAUCUUAAUCAGAAAACAAAUAUGAAUUUUAUAAAAACCAUAGGACAAGGAUUUACAGGAGUUGGCCUUGAAAAACCAGUUUAUAAAGUUGUGGAGAAAGGCCAGGGUUAUGAAGAAAGGCAAUAUGAGGCAUGUAAAUGGGUAUCAACAACUGUACAAGAUAUGAGUUCAGAAUCUGCUAGAAGUAAAGGCUUUAGAAAGUUGUUUAAUUACAUCACUGGAGAUAAUGAGAAAGAAACAAAAAUAGACAUGACGGCCCCGGUGGCCACUAGAAUAGUUCCAGGAGCGGGACCAAACUGUGAAAAUACAUUUACUGUGUCAUUUUACAUUCCACCCAAACAUCAGGACAAUCCACCUAAACCAAAAAAUCCAGACGUUUUUAUUGAAGACUUUCCUCAAAUGAACGUGUAUGCCAGUGGUUUUGGAGGCUUUGCCAAUGAUGAUGAAUGGAUAAGGCAUGCAAGAGAUCUGUCAGAGAAAGUGAAAGAGAAAAAUAUACAUCAAGAAUUUUACUUUUCUGCUGGUUAUGACAGUCCUUUUAAAUUGUUUAACAGAUUAAAUGAAAUAUGGAUGAUGAAAAAACAGUGAGGACAGAGAUGUUUUUUUUUGGGUGAUUGGGUGAUAUUUUGUAGCCUUGAUAAGUGAUUGGGUGAUAUUUUGUAGCCUCUUUACAAAAGAUUAAUACCUACAUAUACCUCAUUAUUUUAUAUCAACUUAUAGCAUUUAGUUAGAAAAUUUAAUAUAUAGUGAAGCUAUGUAAGCAUCAUUGUGAAUAUAUGUCAUUGUAGAGUAAUAAUAGUAAUAAAUAGAGUCAUGUGCAGAUCCAGAAGUGGGUGGGGGAUGGUUAGGGGAUCAUGAAUGUCUCCAGGAUUUUGCUAUUAUGCAUAAAAAUUUAAAACUACAUUAGGGUCUGGACUUUGCCUUAAGUUUUUUAAGAAAAUCAUGUGAAAAAAAAUCCACUCAUUUCCUUCCUGGAUGGAAAACUAGUGAAAUGCUUAGCUCCCCCUUAGGUUUAUUCUUUACUUUUGUGAUCACUUCUGGUUAAAAUUCCUGGAUCUGCACCUGGGAGUCACUUUUGGCCUGUUAUGAGACCACAUUUUGAUUCUGUUAAUUAAGGUUUUUUUGUAAUUACAUGUCUACAAUUUACAUAAUUAGAUAUGGAUAGUUUUCAAUUCUAAUAUAAAUUUUGCUUAUUACAUGUACAUAUAGUUUGUAAAUGUUUAAAUAUUUUUGACACUUAAAUUUUCCUUAAUGUAUAGAAAGACAUUUGUGAUAUUGUUUAAAAUAGCUUUAACUUUAAAGGCUUGAUGUAUCAAAAAGAAAAUAAGUUGGGACAUUUUAACAAAUGUAAUAAAUAAAAAUUAAUCAUAGCACAUGAACAAAUCAGUAUUUUGCCAAGAUUUUUUUUAAAGAAAUGAAUGCUAGUUAGUGAAAAAAGACUGAUUUUAUAUCUCCACUAGUUUUAUACUCGUAUUUAUGCGUUAUUGCUAACCAUUUACAUGUAUACAUUUACAAUGUUGAUGUCAAAACAUGAGAAAAAAAUGUUUAAGUCUGAAGUAUUAGAUUUAUGAAGCUUUAUUUAUUUUGCUCUCUUUUUU